GGCUGUCCGGUCGGUGGGGGUGGCCGCUGGCCGGGGAAGACCGAGAGCUUGACCGCUGCACGCCUGGCCCGGUCGGCCCAGGGCGUGGACGCAGCCUGGCCGGCCUCGGGAUCGCCUGCGUCCGUGCCACCGAGCGGCACCGGCUCAUCGCCGGGACUCUGCGUCCGGGCCCGGAGGCCGCGUCCCUGCGGGCGGCCGGGCCUCAGGCCACACAGGGGGCCGACUGGCCGCUCUUGCCUCGGGGUCGGGAGCAGCGGGCAGCCCGCGGGUUCUGCAGCUGCGCGGCUCGCAGGAAGCUGUAGGGGAUGGCCUCCGGGUUACGGACGGCUUCGUAUUGGGGAUUGUUGUCAUUCAAGGAUAUAUCUAUGGAGUUUACCUGGGAAGAAUGGCAGCUCCUGGAUUCUACACAGAAGUACCUGUACAGGGAUGUGAUCCUGGAAAACUAUAGCAACCUGGUGUCAGUGGGGUACCAUGGUACCAAGCCUGAUUUAAUUUUCAAGUUGGAGCAAGGAGAAGAGCCAUGGAUAAUUGCCAAAAUUUCCAGUCAGAGCUGUCCAGAAGGCUGGGAAGAAUGGUACCAGAAAAAUCAAGAUGAGCUUGAAAGUGUUGAGAGAAGCUUUGCUUGUAAUGUGUUUGGAAAACUUCAUCUCAGCAAAACCUGCGUCUUUUCAAAACAAAGGCUCCAUAAGUAUAACACACACGGGAAAAGCUUGGCACAAAACUCAGACUCAAGCAUAAGUUAUGUAAGAAAGAAUCUUGAUAAGUGUCAUGGCUAUGAGGAAUCAUACUUCCUAAGGCAUAAAAGAGGUCCUGGCAUAGAAAAAAACUGUGUGUGUAGUGAAUGUGGGAAAGCUUUCCGUUGCAAAUCACAGCUCAUUGUACAUGUCAGAAUCCACACAGGAGAGAGACCUUACGAAUGCACUAAAUGUGAAAGGGCCUUCAGUGCCAAGUCAAACCUUAAUGCUCACCAGCGAGUUCACACAGGAGAAAAGCCCUAUUCAUGCGGGGAGUGUGGGAAAGUCUUCUCUUUCAGGUCACAGCUCAUCGUGCACCAGGAAGUUCACACAGGAGGGAAACCUUUUGGUUGCAGUGAAUGCGGGAAAGCAUACAGUUGGAAGUCCCAGCUCAUCUUACACCAGAGAAGUCACACAGGAGUGAAACCCUAUGAAUGCGGGGAGUGUGGGAAAGCCUUCAGUUUGAAAUCACCCUUUGUGGUACACCAGAGGACUCACACGGGAGUGAAACCCCAUAAGUGCGAUGAAUGUGGGAAAGCCUUUAGGAGUAAGUCGUACCUCCUUGUGCACAUCAGAAUGCACACAGGAGAGAAACCUUAUCAAUGCAGUGAUUGUGGAAAAGCCUUCAACAUGAAGACGCAGCUCAUUGUACAUCAGGGCGUUCACACAGGAAAUAAUCCGUAUCAGUGCACUGAGUGUGGGAAAGCCUUCGGUAGGAAGGAACAGCUCAGCGCACAUCUGAGAGCCCAUGCAGGAGAGAAGCCCUAUGGCUGUGGCGAGUGUGGGAAGGCCUUCAGUAGCAAGUCGUACCUUGUUAUACACAGACGGACACACACGGGAGAGAGGCCCUAUGAGUGUGGUUUGUGCGAGAGAGCCUUCUGUGGGAAGUCACAGCUGAUUAUCCAUCAGCGCACUCAUUCAACAGAGAAGCCUUACGAAUGCAGCGAGUCCUAUGGCUGCGGUAAAUGUGGCAAAACCUUUCUCCAGAAAUCACAGUUUGUUACACAUCACAGAACUCAUACUGGAGAGAAACCUUACGACUGUAGCCAGUGUGGGAAAGCCUUCUCCCAGAAGUCGCAGCUCACAUCCCAUCAGAGGACACAUACAGGAGAGAAACCAUAUGAAUGUGGCGAAUGUGGAAAAGCCUUCUCCCGGAAGUCACAUCUCAUAUCACAUUGGAGGACACACACAGGAGAGAAACCCUAUGGAUGCAGUGAAUGUGGGAGGGCCUUCAGUGAGAAGUCAAAUCUCAUUAAUCAUCAGAGAAUUCAUACAGGAGAGAAACCUUUUGAAUGCAGGGAUUGUGGGAAAGCCUUUAGCAGGAAGUCACAACUGGUUACGCAUCACAGGACUCACACUGGAACGAAACCCUAUGGAUGUAGUGAGUGCAGAAAAGCCUUCUUUGAGAAGUCAGAGCUCAUUAGACAUCAGACAAUCCAUACUGGAGAGAAACCGUAUGAAUGUAGUGAAUGUAGGAAAGCAUUUAGGGAGAGGUCAAGUCUUAUUAAUCAUCAGAGAACCCAUACAGGAGAGAAACCCCAUGGAUGCGUCCAGUGUGGGAAAGCCUUCUCCCAAAAGUCACAUCUCAUAUCCCAUCAGAUGACACACACAGGGGAGAAGCCAUUUAUAUGCAGUAAAUGUGGGAAAGCCUUCAGUAGGAAAUCCCAGCUUGUUCGACAUCAGAGAACGCACACAGGAGAAAAGCCCUAUGAGUGCAGCGAAUGUGGGAAAGCUUUCAGUGAAAAAUUAAGUCUCACUAACCAUCAGAGGAUUCACACAGGAGAAAAACCCUUUGUGUGCAGUGUAUGUGGGAAAGCCUUCUGUCAGAAGUCACAUCUCAUAUCACAUCAGAGGACACACACAGGAGAGAAGCCCUACGAGUGCACUGAAUGUGGGAAAGCCUUUGGUGAGAAGUCAAGUCUUGCAACACAUCAGAGAACUCACACGGGAGAAAAGCCGUAUGAAUGCAGGGUUUGUGAAAAGGCCUUCUCCCAGAAAUCACAGCUAAAUACUCACCUGAGAAUUCACACUGGAGAGAAACCCUACGAAUGCUGUCUUUGUGGGAAAGCUUUCUUUGAGAAGUCAGAGCUAAUGAGACAUCAGAGAACUCAUACAGGAGAAAAACCAUUUGAAUGCAGUGAAUGUAGAAAAGCCUUUAGAGAGAAGUCAAGUCUCAUUAAUCACCAGCGAAUACAUACAGGAGAGAAACCCUUUGAGUGCAGUGAGUGUGGCAAAGCCUUCUCUCGGAAGUCACACCUUAUACCACAUCAGAGGACACAUACAGGUGAGAGACCUUAUGGGUGCAGUCAAUGUAGGAAGGCCUUCUCUCAGAAAUCACAGCUUGUUAAUCAUCAAAGAAUUCAUACAGGAGAGAAGCCUUAUCAAUGCACUGAAUGUGGAAAAGCUUUCUCACAGAAGUCACAGCUCAUUAAUCAUCGGAGAACUCACGCAGCAAAGAAGUCCUGAGGAUGCAAUUAAUGUGAGUCUUUGAUGGAGAUGAUACAUGCAGUUAUGUCAGGAAUGCUUUCAUCAGAUAAGCAUACUUCUAUACCAGAAUUCUUACAGUGAAACACUGAACGUAGUGGCUCUCAGCCUUUGAAACCAUUGUCAAGUCUCACGCAGUACAAAAUUAUACCAAAGUGGAAUGAUUUGAAUAAUAUCAGAAACUUCCAGAUGUCAGAUUUCACUAGCUAUUAUAAAUAUUCCCACAGUGAUGAGAGGAAACUCCAUAAAUACAGCAAGCAAGGCAAUAUUUUCAUCAAGAAAUCACAGCUAAUUACAAGAAAAUGUUAUUAGGAAAUUCUAAAUGUGGGACAAACGUCAGCAAGUAAAGCCAACUAUAGUGUAUAGUGGAGGAUGCAUAUUGUUGAUAAACCUUAAAAAGACACUGGUAACCUGUGUUCCUAGAAGUGGUACUAUAAAGAGACAGUAUACUUCUUCUAGACAUGGGUACCAAAAAUAGCCAGUUCCAAUGGUUGACAGAUACUCACUUUGAAAUUUAAAAAUACAUGACUGAAUUAAAUAAUUGAAACAUCUAAAUAAGAAACAUAUUUGUAUUUAUGCCUGUGUCACAUAAUGUUUUUUGGUAUUGCAGAUGACAAUUUGAGAGCAUGAAGUGCAUAUAUCAUAUGGUGCCUCUGAUGUCUCUCAUACCACUGAUUUUCCUGUUUUUGUACUAUAAAAUUUGGAAACAUAUAAUUUGGCUUAUUGCUGAAUAAAUAGCUUAGGUAAUAUUUUUCCCUUAUUUGUUGACACAUAUAAGAGACCUUUUAUUAUUUAACUCUUCAAUAACAAACUGACAUUAUAUAAGUCUUCUGCAUCUUCAGAGUCUGAGAAAGUUUAUAUAAAAUUCUGUUUAUAAUUAUGCAAGGGCAAGAACCACAGAAUAACAGUAGUGAUGUACUGUGUGAACAGAAGAAAAGUAUGGCAGCUAUAUUACUCAGCACUCACAUGAUAGUAGUGCUGGGUACUAUCAUUUUCUUCAGUGUGAUGCCUCCUUUAGUCAAGUACAUCUAAAGUGCUGUGUAGCCCAAGUACAACUUAUAUUUUAAUUUACAAUUGAUGAGAUGUUGAUGUUUUUUGCUGUUGUUACUUCUGGUGUUUCAUAAAAUAUCUUAAAUUAGAAACUGGAUUAAUAGUAAUUGUUUAGAAGAUGUAAGAUAUAAAGGACUUUGUGGUGAGGAAAUAUUUUUUACACAUCCAGGGCACUGCAUUUUGCCUUCUUGCAAUUUCUUGUGAUAUUGAACAAGUAUUAAACAAGACUUCCAUUAUUAUUUGAAAUGUUUGUAUUUCAUUU